AAAUUGCUACGUGAGGUCAUGUUUUUGUCGUGUUGUGGUGUCGAGUUCUAAUAAUUUUUCAGGUUGAUAAAAAUCAGGAAAUGGUUUACAUUUAAAAGAAACAGAUCGCGAGAGCUGAUACACAAUGUUCGAGUCUGGCUUCAAGAAUGUCAACAUAAAUCUGACCUCGGCUAAUUCGAGGCGAACAUUCUCCUGCGGCGACAUCGUCACUGGAACUUUAUCGUUCGACCUCACUAAGGAGACAAAAAUCACGUCCAUCACAAUGGCACUGUCUGGAAAUGUAGAUGUACACUGGAGUAGCGGUAGCGGAGGGAAGAAGAGACAUCGAAGACAUUUCUCAGCAAAAAUCAACUUGUUCCUCUUAAAAAGCGGACUUCUGCUAGAAAACAGCCUUGGUGGUGGACCAACCAAACUUCCCCCUGGAACGCAUGUGUACCCCUUCACCUGUCACAUCCCACACGGAGAUUUCCCAUCUACUUUCCAUGGUGUUCAUGGAAAGAUACAAUAUCUUUUGACAGUGAGCAUUGACAGACCGUGGCAUUUUGCAAAAUCCUUUGAGACAGAACUAAAUUUUUUAGAACGAAUCAACAACAAACCUGAACUGUGGGCCCCACUCUCAGGAUCUAACAGCAUGUAUGUCUGCUGCCUGUGCUGGGCCUCUGGUCCAGUUGAACUGACAGCAACUUUAGAAAGAAAAGCAUUCAUGCGGGGUGAAAUUGUGAAAGUCAUUUGUGAGAUCAACAAUGCCUCAUCUCGGACAGUUACCCCUAAAGCUAGGUUGAAGGAGAGGCAGACGUACUACACCCAUGGAAGACACAACCGCAAUUCAGGCACACGAAACCUGGUCACUCAGAACGGAGAAGCCAUUAAAGCCAACUCUUCAGAUGUCCACAAAGAACUCCUGCUGACCAUUCCCACCAACACUCACCUCACCAUCUCUAACUGCCCCAUAUUAGAAGUGGACUACAUGAUUGAGGUUGUUGUUGAUGUAAGAGGUUCCUCUGAAGUCAUUGUGCGCUGCCCCAUUAUCAUCUAUGAUUAUAACAUUUAUAAUCAGAUUCCACAGCAGCCAUAGACUCUGCAUGUGCUGCACCAUCUCAGGUAUUUUUGGACAGUUUCUAAAACAUGUCUCAGUCAAGAAACCAAAAUCACACCAAUACUAUGAAAUGGAAUAUUCUAAAGGUUAUGAUUUACACUCUGUCAGUACAAUCAUUGCUGACACAGUUAAUACUGUUGUUUUUGCCCAUGGGCAAAAGUCUUUACCUGCCUUGCCUUGAAGGAGCUUUGACUGCCACAAGAAUGCAGAAAAGUUUUAAAAUGAGAUCAUGUGACCAGACCUGCUACACUCAAACUGAAAGAUUGUUUUAUCCUUGCCUAAAUGCUCUAUGAUACUGAACAUUCAUCAUAGUUCCUUUGUGUGAAGUUAAUCUAUGAAUGUUUUUCACACCAUAACUGGAGCAGUUUAGUUGAUCUCCCUAAAUCACCAUUAAGGUUGAUAAGACACACAUACACACAGAUCUAUUUAUGUCAGAUAAGACAUAAAUGUUCAUAAAAUGUGCAUUUCAUGACCUAAACACUGUUUACCUCAGCACACAAGUGACCAAAUGUUCAUCUUAGCAGAAAAUGACACAGCAGAGACAUACAUACUCCAUGUGACAGCUUGAUUGUAGUACUUGUAGUGCUUUUCUUAAACAAAAGUGUUUUAUCUGAAUUUUUUCAUAUUUAAAAAACAAAAUCUUUUUCACCAUGUGCCAUGGUAUUUACAGUUGUGAUAAUGGCUGUUGACCAAUUUCUUACAGUGUGUAUCUAUCAGAAGUAAGAGUAGUUGUACUCAAAUAAGAGUCAGAAAGUAUAUGAGGAAACCACUAAUCAUGUAAGGGUAACGGUAAGAAAUAACUGUCUUAACGUAUCUGAUUUAUAAUUUGAAGUGAAUGUAAUUACCAAACAUUACAUAUAUUACUCGAGUUGAAGUAAAAGUAUGGUGUCAGAAAACUAAUGUACUGAGAAGUACAAUUUUAUUAAAAAGUUACCCACCUCUGAUCCUUUCUAUCAACACAGCUUAUGUUAGGAGUCUAUUGAAGCAGGGGACCUUUUGUUCUGUGAACAAAAUGUAGCUUACACUAUUUCAUGUUACAUUUGAGAAACCUGGUAAAGUGCUCUUACAUGUAUUGCCAUUUAUUUUCUAUAGCCAUUGUUUCAAAUACAUUUUAACAUAGUAGAAAGACAAAAUAUCUAAUGGCCAGUCCAAACAAUGUUUGCUUUGAUUAAUUGUGUGUAACAUUACAUGAAAUACAUUACUAAUACAAUGUUUUACCAGAUAUAAAUGUUGUUGAUGUUACAUAUUUGGAUUGACUGCAUGUAUGACAUGACAAAGAGUAAUAAACUGUAUAACAAUUUGG